AUGGAUGCCGAAGAAUUUCGUCAACGAGGAAAAGAAAUGGUCGAUUUUAUUGCUGAUUAUCUAACAGAUAUUCGAUCACGACGUGUCUUACCAAAUGUCAAACCAGGCUAUAUGCGGUCCAUGGUCGAUGAAGAAGCACCACGAUAUGGUGAGCAAUGGGACGAUAUUUUCAAGGAUGUCGAACGUGUCAUCAUGCCCGGUAUUACUCAUUGGCAAUCACCGUAUAUGCAUGCUUAUUUUCCAGCAUUGAAUUCCUAUCCAUCGAUGCUUGGCGAUAUGUUAGCCAACGGCUUAAAUCAAUUAGGAUUUACAUGGGCGUCGAGUCCAGCAUGUACGGAGUUGGAAACUAUAGUCAUGGAUUGGUUGGCGAAAAUGAUUGGUUUACCAAAUGAUUUUCUUCAUUCGCAAGAGAAUACGACUGGCGGAGGUGUGAUUCAAACUACGGCUUCAGAAGCUACACUUGUAGCGUUACUUGCUGCUCGAAAAGAAGUCAUUCAUCGAGUGCAAGCACAAUUUCCGUACUUGAGUCCAGCGGAAAUUAACGGUCGCCUAGUGGCUUAUUGUUCAGACCAAGCACAUUCAUCGGUGGAAAAAGCAUGUCUUAUCGGUUUGGUGAAAUUGAAUCUUGUGUCAAGUGAUGAAAGUUUACGUUUACGAGGAAAUGCGUUACGGCAGGCUAUUGCUAAAGACAAAGAAAAUGGUCUUAUACCAUUCUAUCUUUGUGCAACAUUGGGAACCACGGGUGCAUGUGCGUUUGACAAUCUUAUGGAAUUAGGUGCAAUCUGCGAACGAGAACAAAUUUGGAUUCAUGUUGAUGCUGCAUACGCAGGAAGUGCAUUUAUUUGUCCUGAAUUUCGACAUUUUAUGAAUGGAGUGGAAUUCACACAGUCAUUUGCUUUUAAUCCAUCAAAAUGGCUAAUGGUUCAUUUCGAUUGUACUGCCUUGUGGGUCAAAUCAAGUCCAGCACUACAUCGAGCGUUCAAUGUCGAUCCAUUGUAUCUUCAACAUGAGAACGCUGGCGUAGCAAUUGAUUAUAUGCAUUGGCAAGUACCAUUAAGCCGGCGAUUUCGAGCACUGAAACUUUGGUUUGUUAUUCGUUCAUUCGGCAUUGAAGGUCUUCAAAAGCAUAUUAGAAAUGGUGUUGAAAUGGCUAAACUAUUUGAGUCGUUAGUGAAGUCUGACGAUCGAUUUGAAGUUCCCGCUGAACGGCAUCUUGGCCUUGUAACGUUUCGAUUAAAGGGUGGAAAUGAAUUGACUGAACAGUUGUUAAAAGAUCUGAAUAUGGAUGGAAGAAUUCAUUGCGUUCCAGCAUCAAUCAAAGGCAAAUAUAUCAUUCGCUUUACCGUGACAGCAUCAUCAACAAAUACCAGUGAUAUUCGUCGUGAUUGGCAAAUUAUUCAGCAAUUGGUCAAUAAAAUUCCUAGUCCAAUCGAUCAUCUGAUACCAAAAGGACGACCUAAUAAAAUGAAGCAUCUUUCUGAUGAUUUUCGCAUGUCUCUCGUCUUAUCCAACGCUCCGCACAAUCCGUGUUUAAUCAACGGAAGCUUUGCAGCAAUUCUUCCUCUUGACACCAGCCGUAUCUAUGCGAUGACACAUGAAUUAAGUCAACGUGCAUUGAAUCAUUCUCUUUUACCUAUUUCAACGCGACGACGUGCAAAAAAUUUCCUUUCACACCCAACAAUGAACAAACAGAUGAGCAUCGAUCCAUCUAUGAUCAACAAUGAUUACAAGAAGAAAGGUUUAGUGCCGCCAACAUCUUCGUCAUUACCCAUGAGUCGACAAGGCAGUUUAGAUUCUCGUGUUGAAGAGAUUCUGGAAAAUAAUUCAUGA